CCACUCGUCAACACAUUUUCUGUUUCUCUUCCUCCCUCCCUAUAUCUUCUCCCACAAUACCUCUCUUCCUCCGAAUGUAUAGAGAGAGGCUGUAGAGAUAUAGAGAGAGAGAUGAGUGCGGGUUUCCUGAGAAAUGGCAGCAAAAGCUACCUCUCCAUUCAAAGCCUACUGCAAAAACAACCGGCCACCGACCCAAUCAGGGCCGCGAUCAUCCGGGGCCGGCCGCACCACCGACAGCAACAAUCGAGGGUUUACGCCCGAUUCACUGAAUCAAUUUACAGAAGAACCAGAGACCUCGAUUCGUCUGCUUCAGGCAUAGUAUUAUCUUCGCCCUUCUCUUCUUCAACUACAGCGUCGUCGCAAAAGAAUGGGUUGGUUGGGUGGUACUUGGGGAUGGUCAAGUCUCGCCCCAUUCUCACCAAAAGCAUCACCGGUGCCCUAAUUUAUACCGCCGCUGAUUUGUCCUCUCAGAUUAUUGUUCAGCCAUCUUCAGAAUCUUAUGAUGUUGUCCGUACAUUACGCAUGGCUGGAUAUGGAAUGCUAAUUUUGGGACCAUCCUUGCAUUUUUGGUUCAACUUCGUGUCAAAAGUCCUUCCAAAGCGUGACAUCAUGACUACAUUGAAGAAAAUUGUAAUGGGGCAGAUAUUAUUUGGACCUGCUAUGACUGUUAUUUUCUUCUCUGUGAAUGCUGCCCUACAAGGUGAAAAUGCUGCGGAAAUAACUGCUAGAUUGAAGCGGGACUUGCUCCCUACAAUGAUAAAUGGGGUUCUGUAUUGGCCCAUUUGCGAUUUUGUGACAUUCAAAUUCAUCCCUGUUCAGUUGCAGCCACUGGUGAGCAAUUCAUUUUCAUAUCUAUGGACUGUUUACAUGACAUACAUGGCAAGCUUAGAGAAAGCGAGCUCCAACCAAUGAUAUAUCAGCUGAUGACUAUAUAGGAUGAUAUUUCCGGUGUCGUCAUUGCAAACUGAACUGUACCAAUGCAAUCUGCAGAUCAUCUGCAGCAACAGGGUCGAAGUAGAAAUCCCCCACAUUAUCCGUCGAGCAGCAACAGUCACACAGAGUUGUACUUUUGUAUUUAAAAUAAUGUUAGAGCAGUGUAGGUAGAUUUUCUAUGGUUUUGGUGAAGUAGAAGGUAGUGAUACGGGGAUCGAAUUCUUCAUUGGCCCCUGCUAGUGAACUACAGAGGUUGAUUCUUUGUGACCUUGAUUCUUGUUACUUUUCUCCUACUCCUCAAAUCAAAUUUGGUAGAACUGUUUUUGGACU